ACCGCGGGACUGCUGCUUAUGAGUCAAUGCAUCACUAAUGUGUGUUACAUCUCAAUGAUUUGACCCUAUGUCUGUACAGAUUAUUGUGGCCAAGCCCAACAUCCUUCUCCCUGCCUCUGUGAGUGCCAUGAAGAAGGCAUCACGCCUGAUGGAGUUGGUCCCUACUGUCCGGCCCUGCAGGGAACAGCUGGACAAGAAGACACAGUGGACCAACACCAACGAGGAGAGCCUGAGGAGGAUUAAAAAAAAACUGGCCUCCAUAGAGCUCGACCUGGAGGAAGGCCUGAACAAGGUCAACGACGGUCAGGACAUCAACCAAGAGAGGCAGACGAAUGAGGGAUGCUUCAGAGCCUGGAUUGAGAAGUGGAUGGGGAGGAGGAAGGAGGAAAGACUGAGGGAUGAAGAUGUGAAUAGGGAAGACAAAGGGAGGAUGGGCGAGGAAGUGAGGGCACUGAUCCAAGUGAUGAAGAGAAACUGCAGUGAAAGUGAUCUUGAGGCAGUAAACCUGGACAGUUUGCUGAAUGACUUGGAAAGGUUGAAAGUGGCCUUCAAGAAAUGCACUGGAGAGAUGGCCGAAAUGAGCCCAGGGAAAGUCUCUGGUCCUGUGUCUGGCCUCUCUCCUCUUGUGACCUCAGCACCCCGGACCCUGGCUGAAGCCCUACAAGCCCUGCCCUCUGCUGUGGCCCGUCCCUCCCAAAAGGAUGUCCCAAAGCUUCCGACACCUCCAAGCCCUGUCUCUGUCAUUGUUGCUUCGCCUGCUGUGGAGUACUUACCAUACCACCACAGCCCUCGCCUGGCCCCAAUCACCAACCUGAGUGAGAACGGCAGGAAGCUGCUCCAGAAAAUGUCAGGAGUGACGCCACAGGAAAGGAAGGUCAAAAGGAAAAAGACCAAGGGAAAAAAGCAAGUGAAGAAAGAGAAGGCCAGUAAGAUGCAGCAGGUGGGAAAUGUUGGAGAAAGUAAGGAGGACAAGAAAGAGGAAAAGAAGAGUCUGAGGAAGAGAACAAGGGCGAAGAAACAGGCCACUAAGACAAAGGACACUGACAUCGUGAGGACAGUCAGAGAGUUAGACCCGGUAACCAAAGAAGUGCCGUCAUCAGAGGAGAAGGCGAACCCGGUCAACGAAGAGAUACCCCAUCAGAGACCUUCGACACGUAAUUACAUCAUUAUAUUCUGA